AUGGCGAAAGCGAAACCCGCCCCGCGCAAACGGACUAGGGAUGCGAACACCCCUUCUGAAGAGGAAUUCGACGACAGUGACGCGUUAGAUGACUCAGACACGGAGAAGAAACAAAAGAAACGCAAACGAGCGUCCCCAACGAAGAAGAAGCCAGCGCCGCGCAAGAAGAGAAAGACGGACUCGGAUGGAGAGGCCGAGCUCGAACUCGAAGAUGGACAGGAAAUUGUUGGGGUGGUGGUGCAAGCGCCGAAGACUGGGCGAGUGCCACCAGGUCAAAUAUCGCAGAAUACGUUCGACUUCUUGCUUCAACUGAAAGAUCCAAAGUGCAACGACCGUGAAUGGUUCAAGCUCCAUGAUCCUGUCUACCGCCAAGCCGAACAGGAAUGGAAGGACUUUGUCGAAGUGUUCACCGAGCUUCUGGUUGAGGCAGACGAUCAAAUUCCGCCCUUACCACCGAAGGAUGUCAUUCAUCGUAUCUAUCGUGAUGCAAGUUUGGCCAAUUCCAUGGCUUACUUAACUCCUCUCCUUAGACGCGAUUCUCCAACGAUAAGACACCAUACAAAACGGGUUUCUCAGCCAGCUUUUCGCGGAGUGGGCGAAAAGGCAUCUUCGCAUUUUGUGGGACAUAUCAUCUUAAACAUUUUCUUUAGCAUGAUCAAACCUGGUAACCAGAGCAUCAUCGCUGCGGGAACUUGGUGCCCUGCAAAGAGCGAACUUGACACAUUACGAGCUAAUAUCAAGCGUGACUCGAGUCGUUUACGCGGAAUCAUAUCUGGGGCAACGUUUGUCAAGCGCUUUGGUAAGGCAGAAGCCGGGGCUCGUCGGAACAUAUUUGGCCGCGAAGAUGAGCUGAAGGUGGCACCGAAGGGAGUCGAGAAGACACACCCGGAUAUCGAUCUACUCAAGUGUCGGUCAUUCGCCGUCUCACACGAAUUCACGGAUGCACAAGUGCUGGCUCCGGACUUCAAACAGACGGUUGUUGACAGCGUUCGACUUUGCAUGCCGUUCGUGCAUUGCCUGAACGACAUGAUGACCACCGUUCCUGAAGAGGAGGACGAAUAG